GGAGUCCAGUCGUACAUAAACACAGAAUGAAACACACAGGAAAGAUAGUGAUGGAAUUGGAAUUUUGACCCCAAGAAAAAAUGGAACCGGAAGGAAUCAGUAAGAAAGAAGAAGAAGAAGAAGAAGAAAGCGGCGGCGGCGGAGGAGGAGGGCGUGAGAUUGACAAGGUACAUUUGUCGUCGUCGGCGGCGUUGGAGAUAGAGUACUUGAGCUAUGGAGGAGAAGAGCACCUGCCUCUAAUAAUGGGCCUAGUGGACCAAGAACUGAGCGAGCCGUACUCCAUCUUCACCUAUCGGUACUUCGUGUAUCUGUGGCCGCAGCUCUGUUUCAUGGCGUUCCACGGAGGCAGGUGCGUGGGGACAGUGGUGUGCAAGAUGGGGGAGCACCGCAACACCUACAGAGGGUACAUCGCUAUGCUCGUCGUUAUCAAACCCUACAGAGGCAAAGGCAUCGCCACCCAACUAGUUACCAGAUCUAUCCAAGUCAUGAAGGAAUCUGGCUGCGAAGAGGUAACGCUGGAGGCGGAAGUGACAAAUAAAGGAGCGCUGGCGCUGUACGGGCGUCUUGGAUUUAUACGGGCAAAGAGGCUAUUCCGGUACUACUUGAACGGCGUGGAUGCUUUCCGUCUGAAGCUGCUGUUUCCUCGCCCUCUUUACUCUCUUCCUUCCCAAUCCCAGCCUAAUAAUUACAGCAUGGCCAUGGCCAUUGAAGAUUGACGAAGAGCUUCAAGAAGCUUGGUUUCUUGUAUUCAGACCAUUUCUUUUGUUAUGUAAAAGCAUCUGUUUAUCA